UAAUAAUGAUUAAUCGUAUAUCGUGAAAUCAUCAAAUUUCAGGCAAAUAAAACCAUAAUAUGCAUUGAUACUGUGAUACAUUUACAUUAAUUGCAAGCGACUAUUGUCAUGUUGCGCGAUGCUUGUGGAAAGUAACGGUAUACUUCUGAAGCUUUCACAUCGUACGCCAUCGAAUUUCUGAUUCUGGAUUCUGGAUCCACAGUUUUACAGGAGAGGCUCGUCGCUACAUACAAAGACGAGUUACUGUACUUAGUUCACAUUAUGGGGUUCGAUGUGAACCGCUUUCAGGGCGAAGUUGACGAGGAACUUGUUUGUCCGAUAUGCUCUGGUGUUCUGGAGGAUCCUGUCCAGGUGAGCAAUAUGUUGCAGGCACCUGUAUGUGAACAUGCCUUUUGUCGUACAUGCAUUAAUGAAUGGAUAAAUAGACAGCCCACCUGUCCGUUGGAUCGUACACCAAUUACAUCUGCUCAGCUUAGAGCAGUUCCAAGAAUUCUUCGGAAUCUGUUGGCCCGCCUUUGUAUUAGUUGUGAUAACAUUAUGUACGGAUGUCAAGUAAUAGUUAAGCUCGAUAGUUUAGUGUCACACUUGGAGCAAUGUGAAUAUAAUCCCAAGAGACCGAUGCUUUGUGAACAAGGAUGUAGUCUUAUUAUUCCUAAAAAUGAGCUAAAAGAUCAUAAUUGUGUGAGAGAACUCAGAAAUAUUAUACAUUCGCAACAACAAAAGCUUGCCGAUAUGAAACGUGAAUUAGGUGAACAACAACUUCAAAUAAAUGAACACAAGAGGGAAAUACAUCUUUUAAAAGACUUUAUGAGAGCAUUGAGAGUUUCAAAUCCAGCAAUGCGCGCUAUCGCUGACCAAAUGGAAAGAGACGAAGUUGUAAGAUGGUCUGCUACCCUUCCUAGAGCAAGAGUAACAAGAUGGGGAGGAAUGAUUUCCACCCCGGAUGAACUGUUGCAGACGAUGAUAAAGAGAACUUUAUCGGAAUAUAAUUGCCCGCCUCAUGUGAUCGAUGAAUUAAUGGAAAAUUGUCACGAAAGGAAAUGGCCUCCAGGCUUAAACUCCCUUGAAACCAGACAGAAUUCCAGAAGGCAAUAUGACAAUUAUGUUUGUAAAAGAGUCCCUGGUAAACAAGCAGUGUUAGUUCUUUAUUGUGAUAAUACUCAUAUGCCGGAAGACAUGAUGGUUGAACCUGGACUAGUGAUGAUUUUUGCACAUGGCAUAGAAUAAAAUCUCAUACCAAUGUACUGUGCAUGCCCAGAUAAUUUGAUGUUCAUCUAUUCUGUUGUUUGUUAUAUUCACUGUGACUAACUUUCAAGGUGCAUGGAAUAUCUUCGUACUUAUGUGCAAAUAUUGGGAUAUUUGCAUAAUUCAUCCUGCAGUUACUGCAGGAUAUCUUUCAAAAUGUACUGAAAAGAACAAACGACAUGCCUUUUGUGAUAAACAAUUGUACAGACGCAAUUGCCACAUACAAAAAUCUAAUUGAAUGUCUGGAUCAUUACACUGUGAUAUAAUAUUUCAUUGAGAAUGUUCCUGAAAUUGCAUGAUAAAUAGUAAAUCAUUUUUAGUUAUUCUAAGUAAUCUCAUGUACAUUUCUAUAAAAUCGAUUCUUUGUUUAACAUCUGAUAAACCAACUAUUUGUCAACUAUUUCAGGGAAUUUUUUACAUAUAUAGAAGUCUUUAAGUGUUUUAUGAUAAUGCUUUAGACAAGUAAGAAACAAAAAGUAUAGAAAUUAUCGAUAUGGUAAUUGCUACUAUUAAGAUUUAAAUGUGUUCUAAAAGAUUAAUAUCAAAUGUCAGAAUGAAGAAUAAUUUCUUCUCUUCUCUCAACAUUAUUUAUAUGAUUUUAAUAAAACAUCUAAAAGUGCGUACGAUGAAAUAAACAUGCUAUACAACGAUCGCUUAAAUAAAUUAUUAUACUCUAAGCGAACACGGUCGUAUACAUAUAUCGUUUACAACUUACAAGAUAAGAAUGCUAUUUUCACAGAAUAAUUCACAGAUAAUAGUUUGAACUAACGGUAUACGAUACUUAACAGUUUCGAAUUUCCUCAGUAUUGUUCUCUUUUGAAAUUGAUUUUGUAAUAACCAGUGUAUGAAGAGCAUUCGAUCCCUUAGCUAUUUUUAAAUAAAUACAUAAUAAAAUUUUA